AUGUUCUUGCCCAGAGGCUCAGCUGCGACUUUACGCAAGUCGGCAACGAGCGCCUCGCGCAGUUUUCUGCGAUGUAGGCGAGGCCUACUUACUCUCGCGAUUGAAUCAUCAUGUGACGACACCUCAGUUGCGAUCGUUGAGAAGAUGAGCGAUAUCUCGAGAGGAGACCAGGCUAAAAUUCACUUCCUUGAAAACAUCACCGCCGAUUCUCGAGCUCACCGUGGAAUUCAUCCGAUCCUCGCCCUCGAAUCUCACCAAGAGAACCUCGCCGAUCUUGUCAAUAAGGCCCUCCUGAGUCUACCGACGUCGAAUGACGGAGCCGAGUCGAUUAGACUAGCUGAUGGAUCAUUCCGCCAAAGGCCAGACUUCAUAUCUGCUACCAGAGGUCCCGGCAUGCGCUCCAACCUGUCGGUCGGCCUGGAUACAGGGAAGGCCCUUUCGGUUGCAUGGCAGAUUCCCAUGGUCGGAGUCCACCACAUGCAAGCGCAUCUGUUGACUCCUCGACUGGUAUCAUGUUUGGAUCAUACCAAGGAGUCAAAUUCACCAAAUCUCACAUCGCCACAAUUCCCGUUCCUGUCUAUCCUCGUCUCCGGGGGUCAUUCGAUUCUAGUCCAUUCCAAAUCCCUAACAGAUCACAAAAUCAUGGCAUCAAGCGACGAUAUUGCAAUAGGCGAGACACUGGAUAAAUCAGCCCGAGAGAUCUUACCUCCGACCCUACUGCAGGAAGCCAAAACGACCAUGUACGGCAAGACGCUGGAGCAAUUCGUCUUUCCCAAUGGACCGGCCGAUUUCGCUGAUUAUCGACCCCCAAUGACCCGCGGUGAGGAGGUGAUCAAGCGUAAAAGUCAGUGGGGAUGGAGUGUGACAACUCCAUUUGCGAAUACUAGGGCAUUGCAGCUCAGUUUCUCAUCGGUCGCAAGUAUGGUCAAUAAAAUCGUCAAAGACAAGGAUGACCGCUUGUCCGACGAAGAGAGGGUGGAUCUAGGUAGAGAAGCGAUGCGUGUCUGCUUCGAGCAUCUUUCCUCGCGAACGAUCAUCGCUCUCGAGGCUCUCCGUCUCAGAUACCGCGAUGAAGACGAGAUCAAGACCCUUGUCGUGAGCGGGGGUGUCGCAGCCAAUAAAUUCCUCAUGCACGUUCUACGAUCAUUCCUGGACGUUCGUGGAUUUGAACAUGUGAAUAUUGUCGCUCCGCCUCCUUACUUGUGUACCGACAAUGCGGCUAUGAUUGGAUGGGCAGGCAUUGAGAUGUUUGAGGCUGGAUGGAGGACUAAUUUGAGCUGUCGGGCUCUCCGCAAGUGGACUCUUGAUCCAGAGGCCGAAGAUGGUGGAGUCCUAGGGCCUACUGGGUGGAUUCGGGAUUGA